AUGAGCGCCGAUGCCAUCGCCGACUUCCUCGCCGAGCAGCGCGACGAAGCUCCAGAGGAGUUACAGCCUCUAGUCCUCGACUUUGAGAACUACUGGGAGAGAAAACUGUGGCAUCAGCUCACAGACGCCCUCGUUGAGUUCUUCAACCACCCGGGAAGUGCGCCGCAACGCCUGUCCUUCUACAAGACCUUCAUCCUCAAGUUCGCCGACAAGAUCAACCAGCUCAAGCUGGUGCAGCUUGCGCUCAAGGCAGCACAACAAUGCAAAGAUGACAACGAGCGACUCGAGUUCCUACAAUCGGUUGCGAAAAAGGUGGAUAACAAAAACUCACAGGACGCUCUUGUGAAGGAUCUUGACGAGGCAGAGCAGAAGCUCGAUUCUCUCGACUCCGUGGAGGCGAUUGUACACGCUGCGUUCUACGAUGCGAAUGCGACUUAUUACCAGCGCAAGAAUGACUUUGCCAACUACUACCGCACCGCCCUCCUCUACCUCGCCUGCGUCGACCUCACAGCUAUGCCCGAGCAGGAGCGUUUCAAGAGAGCAUACUUCCUGAGUGUGUCAGCACUUGUGUCGAACAGUAUCUACAACUUUGGCGAACUGCUUCUGCAUCCGAUCCUUGACGCCCUGGCCAAGAGCGAGGACGAUUCGUGGCUCAGGGACCUGCUCUUUGCCUUCAACCGAGGCGACCUUGCCGCCUACGACGUGCUGUCGGAUCAUAUUUCUGAGAAUAGGCUGCUCAGUGAACAUGCCACACACUUGAAACAGAAGAUCUACCUGGCCGCGUUGACAGAGGCUGUCUUCCGUCGGCCACCCCACGAUCGUGCCAUGACCUUUACCACAAUUGCGGAGGAGACCAAGGUCAGUCCGGGCGAGAUCGAGCAUCUUAUUAUGAAGGCUCUCAGCUUGGGUCUGCUUCGGGGAACAAUCGACCAGGUGGACGAGGUGGCACACAUCACAUGGGUCCAACCCAAGGUUCUGGACAUGAAGCAGGUUGCUAACCUACGGCAACGUCUGCUCGACUGGGACGCCAGUGUCAACCAGCUUGGGAACUGGAUCGAAGGCGCUGGCAAGGACGUCUGGGCCGCUUAA